GUAUCUAACAUGCUAUUUAAGAAACAGACGUGUAACCUGAGAGGCUCAGUUGCAUAACAUCAUGUUACAUGUAUUCAUAGAAACUUCUUGGACCAUGGAAAUAUUAAACCUUUAUUGCUAGGCUUCAAUGUUCCAGCUGUCCUAAUAACUUCAUGUUUCUCUUCCAUUUUUGGGGGUUCUUGCUUUGUAUUCACAACAGUUACACUUGUGCAGGCUUUCCUGUGUAAUUGAAGAAUUUUUUUCUUGGUGCAGGUUGACAUCGGCAGCGGCGUGAUGGUGGAAGAAGCUCAAGUGGAGAACUUGAAAAGAAGCUGUCCAGGGAACCCAGGGAAGUUAGCCCGGGGGCUCCUGCGGAUCGUUUUCUCAGCCAAAGAGAUGAAAGGGAAGUCACUCUUCGGAAGGAAGUGUAAUGCUAAGAAGGAGCAAGAGGCCAAAGAGGGACUUGACCCUGUCAGGGUCAAGGCGGUGAUAGGCUACACCGUGUCCAGCUUGAACGCCGACCCUGUCAGGGUCAAGACAUCUCUGUCGACAAUGUUGGCACGAGAAGUUGCUCCGAAACAAUCCCAAGAACCUCUGGAAGUGGAGCACCUGCCUUAA